UCUUAUUAGCAACCAGGGAGAUUUCUCCAUUUUCCUCUUGUCUACAGUGCGGCUACAAAUCUGGGAUUUUUUUAUUACUUCUUUUUUUUAAAAAACUACACUUGGGCUCCGUUUUUUGUGCUCGACUUUUCCACCCUUUUCCCCUCCCUCCUGCGCUGCUGCUUUUUGAUCUCUACGACUAAAAUUUUUUUAUCCGGCGUGUAUUUAAUCGGUUCUGUUCUGUCCUCUUCACCACCCCCACUCCCCCCUCCCUCCGGUGUGUGUGCUGCCGCUGCCGCUGCUGCUGCCGCUGCUGCUGCCGCUUGCCCCGUCGUUACACCAACCCGAAGCUCUUUGUUCCCCCUUUGGAUCUGUUGAGUUUCUUUGUUGAAGAAGCCAGCAUGGGUGCCCAGUUCUCCAAGACCGCCGCGAAGGGAGAAGCCACCGCGGAGAGGCCCGGCGAGGCGGCUGUGGCCUCGUCGCCUUCUAAAGCGAAUGGGCAGGAAAAUGGCCACGUGAAGGUAAACGGCGACGCUUCUCCCGCGGCCGCCGAGCCCGGCGCCAAGGAGGAGCUGCAGGCCAACGGCAGCGCCCCGGCUGCCGACAAGGAGGAGCCCGCGGCCGCCGGGAGCGGGGCGGCGUCGCCCGCCGCGGCCGAGAAAGAUGAGCCGGCCGCCGCUGCCCCCGACGCCGGGGUCAGCCCCGUGGAGAAGGAGGGCCCCGUGGAGGGCGAGGCCGCCGAGCCCGGCUCACCCACGGCCGCCGAGGGGGAGGCCGCGUCUGCCGCCUCCUCGACGUCUUCGCCGAAGGCUGAGGACGGGGCCACACCCUCGCCCAGCAACGAGACCCCGAAAAAAAAAAAGAAGCGCUUUUCCUUCAAGAAGUCUUUCAAGCUGAGCGGCUUCUCCUUCAAGAAGAACAAGAAGGAGGCAGGAGAGGGCGGUGAGGCCGAAGGGGCCGCCGGCGCCUCCGCCGAAGGCGGCAAGGACGAGGCCUCUGGGGGCGCCGCUGCGGCCGCCGGCGAGGCGGGUGCGGCCCCCGGGGAGCCGACAGCGGCGCCAGGCGAGGAGGCGGCCGCGGGCGAGGAGGGGGCGGCGGGGGGCGACCCGCAGGAGGCCAAGCCCGAGGAGGCUGCCGUCGCGCCCGAGAAGCCGCCCGCCAGCGAGGAGGCUAAGGCCGUCGAGGAGCCCAGCAAGGCUGAGGAGAAGGCAGAAGAGGCCGGGGCCAGCGCGGCCGCCUGCGAGGCGCCCUCGGCUGCCGGGCCCGGCGUGCCCCCGGAGCAGGAGGCGGCCCCCGCGGAGGAGGCGGCGGCUGCCCCGGCGUCGUCAGCCUGCGCAGCCCCCUCACAGGAGGCCCAGCCCGAGUGCAGUCCAGAAGCGCCCCCAGCGGAGGCAGCCGAGUAA